AUGGUGGAAAUUCCAGUCCCUCAAGAAUGGAAAGAGUUAUGGAAUAGAUGGGAUCUCCGAGGCUUCAUCAUCUUAAGUCUUUCCUUGCAAACCUUUCUUAUAUUCGUUGCUCCUUUGAGGAAUCGAAUUAAAAGCAAGUGGGUAAUGGUGCCGUUGUGGUCUGCCUACUUGCUAGCCGAUUGGGCGGCUACCUUUGCCGUUGGGCUUAUUUCAAACAGCCAAGCUAACCCAAGUGGCGACUACUACUGUCACAGAAAGGUUAGGAUCGCCGUCGAGAAUGAGGACCUUCUUGCCUUCUGGGGGUCGUUUCUUUUGGUGCACCUUGGUGGUCCGGACACCAUUACUGCUUUCGCCUUGGAGGAUAACGAGUUGUGGCUCCGCCAUCUUUUUGGUCUCGUUUUCCAGUGCAUAGCCGCGGUUUAUGUGUUUGUUCAGUCUCUGCCACAAAACCGACUAUGGAUUCCUACAAUGUUGAUGUUUAUCACGGGAAUCAUCAAAUACGCUGAGAGAACCAGGUCGCUUUAUCUUGCAAGUGCCAAUAGAUUCAAACAUUCAUUGCUGAACCCAGCCGACCCAGGCACCAAUUAUGCAAAACUAAUGCUUGAAUACCAAUCCAGGAUGGAAGCAAACCUACCCACUAGAUUUCAUUUUGUUCAGGAGCCAGCAGCUAUAGGUGGUACCAAAUCAACCGAUACGCCUGAUAAAAAAGGAAGGUUAACAGAGUUGGAGGUGGUUCAGUAUGGUUACCAGUUGUUUAAUAAAUUCAAAGGGCUGGUUGUCGAAUUGUAUUUCAGCCGAAGGGAACAGAAUGAGUGUCGAGAUUUCUUCUUAAAUCGGAAUGCAGAAGAUGCUUUUAAAGUGGUUGAGGGGCUAUUUGCCGAGUUUUCUCUUUAG